AUGCGGGUCGAAACUUGCCACCUCUGCUCCCGCCCCGUCUACCCGUCUAAGGGCAUCACCUUUGUCCGCAACGAUGCCCGCACAUUCCGCUUCUGCCGCUCCAAAUGCCACAAGAACUUCAAGAUGAAGCGGCAACCCCGUAAGCUGAAGUGGACCAAGACCCAUCGUGCUCUUCGUGGCAAGGAGAUGAUCGUCGAUUCCUCCCUGGUGCUCUCACAGUUCGCCAAGAAGCGCAACGUCCCCGUCAAAUACGACCGGAAUCUGGUGGCAGCAACGGUCAAGGCCAUGGAACGAGUGGAGGAGAUUCGGCAGAGAAGGGAGCGCGUGUUUACGAAGAGGAGAUUGGCGGGAAAGCUUGCCCGCGAGAAGAAGAGAGCGGAGGAUCGGAGGGUCGUCGCCGAGGGAGAGCAUCUUAUUCGCAAGGAGCUGCAGAUGCUGGAGAAAGGCGUUCCACUGGAAGAACAGAGGGUCAAGAAUGCCGUGGUCGGAAAGGAACAGGUGCGGCACAAGAAGAAGACAAGAGUGCUGGUGGACGGAGGCACCCAGGAGGAGAUGGAUAUCGACUGA